AUGGCUGUUGACGUGGCAUCCAUGUCGGUGGAGGAGCUGGAGGCUGUGUGGCUGAGGCGAGCUGGCAUGAGGAGCGACCUGAGUGUGACUAUACCGGGGAUGACUGCACCAGGAGUGACUGUACCCGGAUUCUCUUUCAACGUUCACAAGUACCCGUUAUACGCACGCACUGACUUUUUCCAGGAGUCAUCCACUGAGGACCCUGAUUCUGGUCGCAACCACAUCAACAUCGUGGGCUUGCCCGGAGGAGAAAGGGCCUUCAAGCAGGUCGCCAGCUUUUGCUACGGGAUGGAUUUCAAGAUCUCACCACUUGAUGCUCCUGCCCUCGCCUAUGCUGCCGCAUUCCUGGGAAUGACGGAUGACUCGCGCAAGGGCAUGGGCAAGUACCGAGUGAACCUGCUGUCGUUCGCUGCUGCAGCCAUGGCAGGCAUGCUGAAACACGGCGAUGCUGCCCUUGCUGUACUGAGAGGCUGUGCGGGCCUGCUGGCUGAAGCAGACGCCUUGGGAAUCGUGGAUGAGGCAACAGACAGGCUGGCGGACCAUGCAGUUACCAGUCACAACCUCUGCACCACACCCAUUCAUACCAGUGACGGCAUUGCUCUCCUGCCUCUCGACAUCUUCCUUCGCCUUCUGGCCAAGUUCAAGGAAAAGAAUCUGCCCGAGAAGGAAAACGGCAGCGCAAUCGCCUUCUAUGCACAGCACAACCUGCCCGACCCAAAAUCCCUUGCUGCCCUCUCUUACUCCGACCCUCCCCCUCCCCACUCCUCUUCCACCUCCUCUUCCUCCGCCUCCUCUCUCUCCCCCGCGCACUACCGUCGGGUUCUGGAGGGCCUGACAGCAGCGUUGCCUGCUGCUGCUGCCAGUGUGCCCAUGCAACCGCUGCUGGGGCUGCUGCGUUGUGCUAUUGUGCUCAACGCAAGUGAAGGGGUCAAGGCCACCCUGCAGCGUCGGGCAGGAGCGCUCUUCACCGAUGCAUCGCUGGACGAUCUGCUCAUGCUGGAGACCAGUGACGUGCAGGGUCUGCUGCACGGCUUUGCAUCGGAGGAGCACCUCUCCGCUCUACCUGAUCGCGCACAAGCCCUGCAGGCUGCAGCAUCUCUCAUCGAUGCAUAUCUCCUCCACCUCUCCUCCCCUCCAGCACUCCACCCUGAUUCUGCUGCUGAUGGGGUUGCUGCUGCUACGUCUGUCUACGCUGCUUCUGCUCCAAUGAACGGUUCUUCUGCUUCUGCCUCUGCUGCUGCUAAUGCGUCCGCUGGCCUCUCCUCAAGCAUCAGUGCCGGCGGUGCUCCUGCUAGUAACGAAGCAGCUGCUAUCGAGGAUGAGACGUCCAAGUCUGAAUCACAGGCUUUCCAGCCGGCCCUAAGUGUGGCGGAGUGGAAGCAUCUGGUCUCUGCCCUCCCGGCUGACGCGCGGCCGUCCCAUGACGGGUUGCUUAAGGCAGUAACCGCCUACCUGACAGCUGUUGGCACGGGAUUGGCUGAAUGGGAGGUGGCAACGCUGGUGGGUGUGGUAACCCCCUCGCGCCUCUCCCCCUCGGCCAUGGAAGCUGCUGCUGCGUGCUCUCUGCUGCCUCUGCCAUUCCUGGUCGCUGUGCUGCGCAUUCAGAAGGAGGCGGCAAGGGCGGCACUGCAGCAGCAGCAGAGGCAGGUGGAAGCAGAGGAGGCGGAGACCAGGAAGGCAGAGGCAGCGGUGGGGCAGCUGAAAGAGCUGGUGGCGGAACAGAGGGGGCGGAAGAGGGAGAUUCAGCGAGAGCUGCUGGUGGUGAAGGACCACCGUGCGCUCCAGACAGAGCUGGCAGAGGCAGAGGCACGCAAGGGAGCUCUGGAGCAGCAGCUCAGGGCCGCUGCUGUGGCUGCUCGCUAG